AUGGAUGGAAUGAGCGAUGCCCGUGGAUCCGAUGAUGUGGAGGUAGAUGACCCCCUGCGCCAGACGGCGGAUGAUAGAUUCGGCGCCAUGGCUACGAAUGAUUUCAACAGGAUCUUUGCAGAAAAUAGCAUGAUGAACAUUGGCGCUGGUAUUCCCAAGUUGCCUUGGGAGGAAGGCAUUUUUGGACAGAUAUUUGGUGCGAAUGAUCCUACGGGAUUACCAAGCUUGGAUUCCUCACCAAAGCCUGCAUUCCCAGUUCUCCUUCCAGAAGAUGAUGUCUUAGCCGACGAUAGCGGUUACGUGGUCACGGCUUUCGAACGGGGAGCGCCCAUUUUUGCAAAGCGUGUGAAGGCACUGUGCGAGCGUGACUGCCUUGAAGAGCAAGAUCCCAAGUGGACGAAAGCACUUGCUAGCUGGCUGACCAUCCUAGAAAGUUGCGCAUUCGCUGCACGAAUUGGAGACUAUGUUCUGGAGAAAUUGCAAGCUGGGGACCGUCGAAGGGGCCUCGGUCUAUAUCAGAGAUGCAUGUGGAGUGAGGUCACCGAGCACGGUCCUGAAGAGGGCAAAAGACUUGCAGAUGUUCAUCAGCUGGUGUCAGAAGACCAAACGCGUCUGGCAAGACCGCUGACGGUCAAAGAAGUUGCGAAGCUAGAGCGUUUGGUGCACAAUGCCCCCAACAUCUAUGACAGGUACUUUGCCGGAUGCAUGCUCUUCGCGCUUUACUCCAGGGGGAUCACUGAAAGGCAUUGGGGCUUGGACUGGCGAGAGGUGCUUGAAGAGCUCGAGAUCCUGGUAUCAAAGGAACCCUUUGGAGCAGUGUGUAGAGCCCCAAAUGCCGACGGAACUUUUACAAAGAGGCCUUUGUCAACUUCAGAAGCGUCAGACAUGUUGAACGAUUUCCUAGAGAUCAUGGGGACCGACGAUGAGACGACCUCGCACAGCUUGAAGAGCACGACGCUUGUUUGGUGUGCUCGCUAUGGCUUGGGAGACAAAGAGAGGGCUAUGCUUGGGCACCAUGCGAUCAAAGAGAAUUCGAUGGCCUGCCGAGCAAUGACAGUCGGGGACAUUGCCGUCCUUCGAUCAAAGCUGCCGGCGGCAGAAAGGAUGUCCAGAAUUGCCAUACAGAGAACAAGGCUCGCUGGGCUCACAUUGGAGGGUCCACUUGAAGUGGCAUACCAGGUCUACGACGUCAUCAGUGGCAUGGUGCAAGCAGGCAGCUUCCGAUACCUGGCACCAAACAAGUGCAUCACUAGGAUGCAAGAGAUCACCAUGCAGAAGCCUCCCAAAGAGCUAAAGCUCGAUUCAACAGCCCAGCGCAUACUCGUUAAAGAUGUCCAAGGAGAUCAACUAUGUCCCGUGGCAACUGAGCUGGACGUCUUAGAGGCAAUGACACGAAGGAGUUUGGCCUUCGACCUGGUUGGGCUGAUUGACUUUGAGACCUUUCAAAAAUGGAACCAGCAUCUGUUCCAGAUCUUGACCGGGCUUCAAGCAGCCGAACAUGGCUCUCGCCUAUGCUUCGCCUACAACAUCGAUGGGUGCAACAAAGCUCAAGCAGGUGAGACCUGUGAGCGUGGCUACCACCUAUGCGCGACCAAGGGCUGUGGGGAGAAAAUUCAGCGCAAGCCUUCCGUCAUCGACGAAGCUCAUGGCGGCAAGCGCAAGCAGACGUCCUUUACUCCUUCUGCUUCGCAACCAAUUCUCCAAGCACCUCGAGAUGAUGUGCCAUUGAGCGAGGUCGCGCCGCCUACACGCGACACCACCACACCAGGGGACGCCGCCGCUCCAUUCUGCAUAGAGUUUUGCUCAGGGACAGAGGGCUUAGCUGCGCAAACUGGGGACGAGGGCAUCAUUUGGAGUAGACAGACUGGUCAAACCGACUUGCAAAGUAAGCGACCCAAGAGCACCACGCUUGCAACCGAUAUCAGUGGCUUGCAAGAGUUGGCAUGCGAGAGGCUCAUCAUGAGGGGGAAAAGAAUCCUUGUGCUCAAAGAGAUGCUGGCCGAGCUGCAGUACCCUGAUCUGACUGCUGCUGACGAUAUUCUCAACGGCUUUGAUUUGGUUGGCACAGCUGGAGCAGAAGGCGUUCUCCGCGCCGAUUUCCAACCAGCUACCUUGACUGUACAGGACCUAGAAGAACAAGCCAACAAAAGCAAUAAGGCCAUUAUGAACUCCUGCAAGUCAAGCGGCUCACCGUUGGUUGAUGCGGAGCUGUGGCAAAAGACGCUGGAGGAGGAGGACAAGGGAUGGCCGCAAAGCCUGGACUGCGUGCCCGCGGAUGGUGGUAGGGUCUCGAGAAGAUUUGCAGUCGUACAAUCCGAGAAGGUGAGGCGCAUAGACAACUACAGCGAGUCCCAGAUCAACAGCGCUGUCACCAUCACGAACAAGCUAGCAGUAUACUUCCCUGAAGAGAAGGCGACCAAGUGCUUCCAGCAGUACAGCCUCCCCUUUCAGGCGAAGAGCAGCGUGGUUGCCUUCCUCAGAUGCGCUCGAAGGCUGCAGUGGAUAUGCCUGAAGCUAGACUUGGUGACUUCGUGCUACUUCGAUGACUUCAUAUGUUUGUCCACCCCAGCCUUGAGCAGAAGCAGUGAGCUGACUUUUGAAACUCUGCUCGACCUGCUAGGCGAAAAGUCGUCGGCGAUGGGAGCUAGCAUCUCAGCCCUGUCAUUGUGGACCUGGGAAAGUCGUCUGAAGGCGUUGUCCAGGCGAGCUUUGGAGAUGGUGGCGGAUCAAGUGCUCACCGCUGCACCACGAAUGGCUGACUCAGACACAAGCGAGGUGUACUACAUCUUCACCGAUGCUAGCUUCAACAGUGAAACCAAGAGCGGAGGAAUCCGAGGUGUUCUAGUCAACGGCAACGCUACUGUUGAGCAGUGGUUCGGAGACUCGGUCACCAAAGAUUUCUGUGAGUCGUUCAUGGCUGAGGAGCAGAAGCAGGCAAUCGGCAAGUUAGAGUCCUUUGCAGUGUUGGUG